AUGAGCACCGACUCAUCCCCCCCUGCCGCCGAGCAGCUCUGCUACCAGAACAUGAGCAGAUCCUGCCUGAAAGCUCCCUGCUCGCCUGGCCCCCGGCUGAUGCUCUACACGCUGUUUGGCUCUGGGGGUGCUGUGUUUGGAAACCUCCUGGUGGUGAUUUCCAUCCUGCAUUAACAGCUGCCCUCUCCCACCAAUGUUCUCCUGGCCUCUCUGGCCGGUGCUGACUUCCUGGAGGGUGCGGUGACCAUCAUGCCCUUCAGCACGGUCAGGUCCGUGGAGAGCUGCUGGUACUUUGGGCCAAGUUUCUGUACCUUCCACACGUGCUGCGAUGUGGCAUUUUGUUACUCUUCCCUCUUCCACUUGUGCUCCAUCUCCAUCGACAGGUACCUUGCUGUUACUGACCGUCUGGUCUCUCCUAGCAAGUUCACGGUGUCUGUGUCAGGGAUAUGCGUCAGCGUCUCCUGGAUCCUGCCCCUUGUACACAGUGGUGUGUUCUACACAGGUGUCUAUGAUGAUGGGCUGGAGGAAUUAUGUAGUGCCCUCAACUGUGUAGGAGGGUGUCAGACAGUUGUAAAUCAAAAUUGGGUGUUGAUAGAUUUUCUAUCCUUCUUUAUACCCAUCCUUAUUAUGAUAAUUCUCUACAGCAAUAUUUUUCUUGUGGCGAGAUGACAAGCUAAAAAGAUUGAACGUACUGGAGACAAAACAGAAUCGUCAUCAGACAGUUACCAAUCCAGAGUGGCCGAGAGAGAAAAGCUGGGUAUCACAGUGGUAACAUUUAUGAUUUCCUGGUUACCAUACAGUAUUGACUCAUUAACUGAUGCCUAUAUGGGCUUCAUAACCCCUGCCUAUAUUUACGAGAUUUGCUGUUGGUGUGCUUAUUAUAAUUCAACCAUGAACCCUUUGAUUUAUGCUUUAUUUUACCCAUGGUUCAGGAAAGCCAUCAAAGUUACUGUGAGUGGUUGGAUUUUCAAGGGCAGUUCAGCCACCAUGAAUUUGUUCUCUGAACAAAUGUAA